CGUGGCUUGAUAUCUUGAGAUUUCAGAUCUCUUUUCAUCAAAGUGUUUUCCUGGAGGAAAAUCAUCGCUUGUAGCGAGUAUUAGGGUUACGGUCCGUUCCAAUGCAUCCAAAUUUGGGUUUCAUACCCGCUGCGACGUAAGAUGCUGCCCUGCGGAAUUUGAGUAAUGCAUCGCAGGUCUUCUCAUCUAAAGUCUGAUGAGAAAGUGCGACUUGUAACUUGGCUAAAUAGUCCGGCAAAUUUGAGGGCAAAGGCUCUGGAUUUGGUCGAUCGAUAACUUCUCCUGGCAUGGUCGCACCAAAAACACGUUCAAAGUACGAAAACGGAAGCUCUUGGCGACGGGAGAUCAACACGGGAGGAGUACAAAGUUCGGUGGGACGAUGUUGAUACGAGAGAAGAUGAUAUGAAAAGAAGAAAAGCCGAAGAAAGAAUCAAAGUACUUACCUCGCAGCCACGAGAUUACCACAUGCACCGGUCAUGCCAUUGAGAGGUCCAUCGGCAAAAUUAUGGGUGUUUGAUCCGCCCUGAUCCCCUCUCAACUCGACCGACGUCACCGUCCGUUCACCAACUCUCUGACAUCACCCAACUAACACCGGCGGACGAUCAAUCCCCGUCCAACAGAUAGGAACCAACCUCAUUCUUGCGCCAGAAGAUACCAUCGAGUCCUGCGAUUACUGCCUAUCAUGGGGAAGUAUAUCCUGGCCGUCAACGCCGGCUCCUCGUCCGUCAAAGUCACCUUCUAUACCUUUGAGAGCCCCCCGCAAGCGAUCGCCGAUGCGCAAGUCUCGGGCAUCACGGCCCCGCCACCCACGCUCAAAUACCAGCGCGGACCGGUGAAAAUUAAGGAGGAGCUGAAGGAGAAGAUAAAUACUCCGCAGGAUGCGUUCAAGUACAUCCUACAUCGCUGCUUCAACGAUCCCGAGCUGUCCGAGGUUGCCAGUGAUCGCGAUCUAGCUUACAUCUGCCACCGGGUAGUCCACGGCGGAGACUACCAUGAGGCUGUCGAAAUCAACGAUGAGACACUCCAUCACCUGGAGGCAUUGGAGGAUCUGGCGCCGCUACACAAUUUCUCCGCCCUAGAAAUCGUGCGCCUGUGCAGGAAUGAACUCCCCAGCGUCACGAGUGUCACUUACUUUGACUCGGCCUUCCACCAGACCCUUCCUGUCCAUGUGAGGACAUAUCCCAUCAACCAGCAGGUAGCCAAGGCCAACGGGUUACGGAAAUACGGCUUCCACGGGAUCAGUUACUCGUUCAUUCUGCGCUCAGUCGCUCAGUUCCUCGGGAAGCCCCAAGAACAGACCAACAUGAUCGCCAUGCAUAUCGGAAGUGGAGCUUCUAUGUGUGCUAUCAAGGAAGGCAAAUCAAUUGAUACUUCCAUGGGCCUGACUCCGUUGGCAGGAUUGCCGGGCGCAACACGCAGCGGUGAUAUUGAUCCUUCCUUGGUAUUCCACUACACUAGCGAGGCUGGCAAAUUGAGCCCUGGGAGCACCAAGGAAAUGCAUAUCAGCACGGCUGAAGAGAUCCUGAACAAGCAAUCUGGAUGGAAGGCUCUGACAGGCACAACCGAUUUUUCCAAGAUCGCAGUCGAGGAUUUCCCAUCCGAGGCUCACAAACUCGCCUUUGAUAUCCUAGUUGACCGAAUUUUGGGGUACAUCGGUAACUACUACUUGAAGCUAGGCGGGCAAGUAGAUGCUCUCGUCUUUGCUGGUGGCAUCGGCGAGAAGAGUGCACUACUACGGCGAACACUAGUCGAGAAAUGCCAGUGCCUGGGCGUAGCAAUUGACGCGAAGGCUAAUGACAAGGGGCCAGAGGAUAAAGAGACGGUCAAGGAUAUCUCCCAGGGUGCCGGCAAGGGGCCCCGAGUGCUGAUCUGCCAAACCAAUGAGCAGUUUGAGAUGGCAUACCACACCGUUCAAUCUCGAGUUUGAGAGCAGUCGAGGCGGGCGGCUUUGAUGAAUCAGGCUGGGCACAGGACACAGCGACCACGCAAUGGUCCUGUACUCUGUACAUUAUUCCAAAUCAGAUGUGAUAUAUGUGGAGGACAGAAGUACGGAGUAGUAGUACAGUAGUACAGUUUGACAAAGAGACACGGAUCAUGCC